UUUGAGAGUAACGGUAGGACGUGUCGAUAGGUCUGAGAUGAAUUUGACAACAGGAUUGUUGAUAUUUCAUUUACAAAUGGAAAAAACUCAAUAAGGUUUAAAAUAUUAACGAAAAGCGAGGCCACAACCACGCACUGCCAAUCAUGUGUAACUACUAUUGGAAAGCAACAGCGCGACAUAGGGAGGAAAUAAAAAAAUGCACGAAAAUAAUUCGUUUUAUUUUCUACUAAUGUUAGCAGUUGUACUGACUAGGAUAUUGACAAUACAGCAUGAGUCCUCCAAUUGUAGCUACUGUCACUGGCAAAAUAAAAGGAAAACUUGUGGAACUCAAAGUUAAAGAUGCAAAACCAGUUAACACCUUUCGAAAUGUUCCAUUUGCAAAACCACCGAUUGGAAAUUUGAGAUUUCUGCCUCCUCAACCAGCGGAACCAUGGAGUGGAAUCAGAGAUGGAACAACUCCUGGAAAUUUACCAAUUUACUCAACAGCAUACGACAGCGUUACAGUUCCAUAUUUCCCAUCACCUAAUCAGUUUGACAAUGAAGCAGUUCUUAGUGAAGACUGUUUGCAUUUAUCUGUGUACACCCCAAGUCUGGAACGAGGAAAAAACUUACCGGUCAUGGUGUAUUUAUACGGAGGGGGAUUUUCCUCAGGUUCAGAGCGUCCUUACGACGGAUGUGCUCUUGCUGGAAUGAACGAUGUAGUAGUUGUUGUACCAAAUUACAGAGUAGGAGUUUUCGGGUUCUUCGCACUUGGACCAUCGUCUAUCUGUUCUGGAAACGCUGGACUUCUAGAUCAACAACUGGCUUUGAAAUGGGUCAAAGAAAACAUUGAAAACUUUGGUGGAGAUGCAAACAACGUCACUCUAUUUGGUCAGAGUGCAGGAAGUGUUGCUGUCGAGAUGCAAGUUUUAUCGCCGUUAGCUCGAGGUUUAUUCCAUAAAGCUAUUAGCUUCAGCGGACAAACUAACAUGGAUGCAUUGUUUCCCAGUCCCGAAGAGGUAACUAAAUCUGCGAAAUUUUUUUUGGAACUUUUGAAGAUUGACGAAAAAGAUGAUCUUAAAAUUCUUGAAGCAUUACAAAAAGUAUCAUCUGAUGAUUUGAUGGAUGCCACUGCGAAACUAUUGGAGAAAAACUGCUUUUUUCAACCUUACGUCGAAGGAAAAGUGUUUGUCAAACCUUACGAAGAAAUGAUGAAAGAUUUAAAGUCAUCAGAAAUACCUUAUAUCAUUGGAUGCAAUAAUACGGAAGGAUACGGCCUGCUUUCGUGCUUCCUAUCACCAAAUUUUGCAACAGGGAUGACAGAGGAAGAAUUGAAACAAUCGCCCUUUCUUUCGUUAACUGAAGAAGGCUUCGAAAAAUGUAAGGAGUUUUACAUCAAGGACAAUUCAGACAAAUUAAAAUUCAGCAGAAUGCAUGGUGAUAUGGUUGGAGACUCAAUGUACAUUUCAAAAACAAUUCCGAGUGCAGCAGCAUAUUCGGCUGGAAAGGCACCCGUCUACUUGCUGUACGGAUGCUUUCAAUUGCAAAUGUUUCAAGAUGAGAAGUACGGACCUGAAGUUGGCAAAAAGCCAAACUGGUGUUUAUGUGAUCACGGUGAUGACCUAUUAAUGACAUUCGGAUGGCCAUUUUCACCGUAUGUUCUGCCUAGAGGAGCAAAAUUCACGAAAGAUGAAGAGGAAAUUAGCAGAAAAUUCAUGGCAUACGUGACAAAUUUUGCCAGAACUGGAGAUCCGAAUAAAGGAAGAAAAGUGGAUGUAAAAUGGCCGAGAUAUAAACCUCAAGGCGAAUACCUCGUGGUCGAUAAAAUAUUUUCCGUUGGGAAGAAUUUAGGCGAAAAAGAAGCUGAUUUCUGGAAUAAUGUUAUGCCCGCUCAUACGAAGAAGCGAACCGUCAGCGAUUAAGCAGCGAUACCUUGUAACGUUUAUAAUUAUUGAUGCACAGUGCACACAGAACUGCACCAUGUAAUACUUGCAUUUAGAUAUAUUUUUUUUAUAAUUUUGCUCGGUUACAUCUUACAUGUAUUAUUGAAUAUACUUUAUUAAAAUUUUUGUGUUAGUUCAAUUGUGAAAUCAUCUGUGAUACUUUGAAUUUAUAUACUUAUAUUUUCUUCUUGUAAUCAAAGAAGUUGUACGAUUUUCAAGUUUUUGAUUAAUUUUACCUGGAACUGUUAACUCAUUCCUAUAAGCAAGUAUUUUCAUCAAAUGGUCUAAUAUUGUUAUAUGUAGUAUUCUAGUAUCACAGUACCAUUUUGUAUCAAAUAUAUCGCUCAGAAUUGUGUAUUGUCCGUAAAUAUGUUCAAAUAUUUCAAAAUUAUUUUGAACACCCUCUUAGCUUUUUCAUUGAUUGGACAUGAUUUUGUUUUGUCCGUCUCGUUUUUGAAACGCGAGUCUGCUUAUAAUUAUCUCUACUGUAGUGGAUUCUGAUGAAAGCUUUGAAGUCAUCAUACCUUAUUAGGUUAUAUGGU